AUGGAGGUUUUGAGGCAAUAUGCCGGUCUUUGUGAUGACGAAAUUAUUGCAUUCGAUGCUGCUGUUAAAGAGAAACUUGAAAUUGCCUUCGACAAUAUUGCUCACGAAGCCACAUCUUCUAAAGAAAACCAGGAACGCUUAGCGGUAGAACAUGCGCAAACGGUAAAGGUUCUUGAGGGCCAACUCCAGGAAUUGGGAGCCGAAUGUGAUAGACUAAGAGAGAAAUCCGUGGAGCACGAAAAUUUGCUGCGGAGUGCUGAUGAAAAGUCUCGCCGAUCUUAUGAAGAAAAGGAACAGCAUCGGUCCAAGGCCGAUGAACUCCAGACUAUCAACAAUGAGUUGUCUUUCGCCGUUCGCAAUCUUGAAAAUGAGAAAGAAAUGCUGUCUAGUCAGUUACGGUGCAAAAUUGAGCAUAUAGAGGACUUAUCAACGGAGAUUAAAACGCUUAGAGCUGAGACAGAAUCGGUGCACAAGCUAAAAAUUGACACUAUGCUCCGUUCUGAAGACGUGUCUAGUCGCGAGGCUGCGCUUAAAGCUCAGGAAUCUCGCUGGGCGGAAGAAUGCGCCAGUAUGCAACGCCAUAUCGAAUGGCUGGAAGGUCGUUUAAGACAAACAACUGACCAGUUAUUAACGGCGCGUCGAGACACUAGUCAAAAAUGUUGCACUUUGGAAUCCGAGCUUGAGUCACGCAAAAUAGAGCUUGAGCAUGCGAAAGAAACCAUUCAACGGCUGGAAGAGGGCACGAAAAAGUUGACACAAGCGAACGAAAACUACAUUGAAAAACUGAAACAAGUUGCCGAUGAACAAAUACGGUUAGAACAACUCUAUGGCAACGAGUUGGAGGCCCAGAAGCAGCUAAUCUCCCUGUACAAGGAACAACUGGCCGACCUCGAAGAAAAGAACACUGAAUUGACGGAGGCGGCUGGGUCUAUGCAGUCAAUGCUGAGGUCAGCGUAUGAAAACGUCGCUCGACUUGAGUCUGAAAAGAGCGCACUGCAUGCUCAGCAUUCCGAGGAACAAGCGAAACAGCAAGAAUCUUCAAAGCAAUUGACAAUCGAAUUAGAGCGCAGUCGACAACUUUUGGAUAAAUUCCGUGUCGAUGGUCUGUCUGAAGAAGAGCUUAGACAACUUAACCCUGCGGUGGCUGCAACGUUGAGUGCUUUGAAGCGUGGCCAUAGCCUAACGCAGCUGUACACUGAUUAUGUUCAAAUUGUGGAGGAUCGUGAUCAACUACGACUAGACAAACAAAGAUUAACGGAAUACGUCAAGCAAUUAGUGGACGACGUCAAAGAAAAAGCUCCGAUGCUUCGUGAACAACAGGAAAAGUAUAAGCGAAUGAAGGAUGAAAUUAAGGAUCUGACCGCACAGCUGCAGUCAGUCACCAGGAAACUUGAAGAGUCUAACAACCAGCGUCUGGAACUCCAAAGAAGGGCCGGUUAUUAUCAGCGGGAGGUUGCUCGACUCAAGCACACCUGUGGUGACUUAUCAAAACAGGUACAAUUACUUCUUCGUGAAAUUGAAGUCAGUCGAGGAACUGUAAUCGAGCAACCUACUUUGGACCCUUCAGAGUCAAACAUUAGUUCGCCAGUCCGCAGUGCACCUUCACCCGAUAGCAGCACAAUGACCGUAAACAAUGCAACCCAAUUGCUCGACGGUAUUGCAUCCGCCUCAGUAGUGAUAGGGGAACACCUGGUGACUUGGCGUAACCUCCAGGAACUUCAAUGGCAAAAUCAGAGACUUCUAGGCGUUGCGCGUGACUUAGCGAGCCAACUUGAACAGCGUGAACAAGACGAGGUCGAAGCUUCGAAACGUGCCAACGAGCUGUCAUUGCGGUUGGAAUCACUUUCUGGUGAACUUGAAGUUGUGCGUUUAGCUGCACAAGAAGCUCGGAACGACGCGCGCAUGAGCUCUCAUCAGCGUGACCUCUACCGAUCGCUGCUCAAACGCUAUGACAUAGAAGUUUCUCUCGAACACACCUUGAACGAAUCUUUGGGCAGUGACGCAAGCAGCCUUAAUGUGACUUCAGAUAAACCACACGACAAGUCCAACACUACGAUAACCGCUGGAACAAUAGAGCGAAUGGAGGAAACGCUGAGUUCGUUGGAAGCUGAGUUCAAGCGGUAUCGUGAUAACAAAACGGAAUCGGACAAAAUCUACUCGACCACCAUUGAACAACUCCGCAAAGAGGGCAACGAAGCGCGGAUUCUUAAUCAAAAGCUAGCUUCACAGCUGGAUUUCACUCAUGAAAAGCUUCGUACCGUGGAGGCAAACGUUUCUGGAUACAAGCAAGAGAUUACAGUGUUGCGUGAGAUGAACGCCCGUUAUUCAACUUCGGCCGCUGCCAGUGAAGCUGAGCUUGUUCGCCUUCGUGAAGACUUGCUGCGCACCUCUGACAAGUUAUUGCAGGUUGAGGUAGAUGCCCGUCAGUUUUCUCGCCAGCUUGAAAUUGCGAGGGCCAAUGAGAACCGUUGGCGUCAGGAAGCAGAAGCACUUCGUCGUCAAGAACAGAUGCACACCCAAUUAAUGCGUCAACUAGAGGCCAUCCAGGGUAACCUUGAACAACGAGAUUCAGUUGAUCGCAGUAUUAUGGAGAAGCGGGUCGGCCAGUUAGAGUUGCAACUCAGUGAAGCACAAUCAGCAUUUACUGAGGCCUCCCAAGCUUCAAAAAGAUUGAAGGAGACGUUGGAGCACGAGCUCGAGGUUUCUAAACACAAAGCGACCACGGCGGAAAGCGAAGUCGAACGUCUUCAGACGCUUGUCACUUCUCUUGAAAGGGAACUGGAAAUGCUGAAGCCGAAGAAAGAUUCCACUACAGGCACUGAGGCCGAUGAAGACGGUUCGUCGGCCGAGGCGACAAACAAGGACUCACCUUCCCGCCAAAUGGAACUGCAGCAUGAAGUUGACAGCUUGCGCAUGAGGGUGGAUGCAGCACGAGAGCAGGCAGACAAAAUGCGUGACCUCGCUGAAAAUGCGGAGCUUCGUCUCAACGAAAUGAUGCAGGAAACUCAGCUCCUUCAAGAACGACUCGGAUCUGAACUGGAACAAACUACUCAACGUUGUGAAUUUCUGGAAGCGCAGCUUGAUUUAGAGAAAAAGGAGCGUCAGAACCUGGUCAACGAGAAUAUUCGCACAACUGAGGAAGCACACCAAUUGAAUGCAGAACUCCGUCGACAGUUGAGCAACUUACAAGGAGAAUUAGAUAGCAUCAGGACACGUUGCGAGUCUGCUUUGGAGCUCGAGGCGGGCGCAAAGUCGGUCAUUGAAGCGCACGAACGAGCUGCGCAGGAGGCUCGUUUGAAGUACGAGCGAGAAUUAUCGUUACAUGCGGAAGAUGUUGAAGCACUAACAGCAGCCCGUCAGGAGGUAGACAACUGGAAAUCAAAAUUGGCAGAUGUACAACGGCAGCUCACCACUUCGGAGUCACGUGCUGAUACUGUUGCCAAGGAGCUGGACGAAAUGAGUCGAUCUUGGGAUACUGAACGUCAAGAAUUGAAUGAGAAGUUGAACCUAGCAGAUAAGGAUCAAAGUUUAAUGCAGGAUCAGAUCAUCAAAUUAACACAACAGCUGAUCGCUUUGCGAAAGUUGAUGGAGAAGCCAGAGGAAACGACAGAGCCUUCUGGAAGUACGUCUCAACUUCCGAUAUCGACAGAAGCCGGAGUGACCGAUCUGAAGGCCUCCGAAGAUCUGUUGCAAUUAGUCAACUACUUACGUCGACAAAAAAGCAUUGCCGAGGCAACAUGCGACGCAUCCGCUGCGGAGGUAUCUCGUCUACUUUUACGUGUAGCAAGCCUCGAGUCUCAGAAGGAUCAUUUACAAACGGAACUGGAAAAUGAACGCCGAGCCAGUGAGCUGGCAGCAGAAACAUCUCAACGCCAUUCGGAGUUGAUGGAGCGAGUGGAGCAGUUGAAUUUAGUAACAGAAUCAAACAGGCUACUCAGACACGAACGAGAGACACUCCAGGCCAAUCUGAAGGCAUCUGAAGGCCAGGUACGCGACUUGGAGGCUCUCGUUGGUCCUCUGCGGUCGGAGAAUAGUGAACUUAUGGCCCAAGUGAAUUCACUCGGCACAGAAAAACAUUCACUGGAAGAAGAACGCGAUCGUUGGAAGGAAAGAUGCAAUCGUCUGGUGGAGACCGCUCAGCGUAUGGAUCCGGAACAAUACCGCAUGGCAUGCAACGAACGGGAUGAGUUACAACGACAGCUGCGGCGAGCUGAGGAAGAAGUUCAGCAAUAUUCAGUAAAGCUAAAUGAAUCACGGACGGAACUCAAUGAAGCCAUGAAACGGCAUGAUGCCGAGUUGAAUGAAGCACUUGCCAGCCGGCAAGCUACAGAAGAGGAAUGUGCCCAACACCGUUCAACAUGUGAGACGCUACGCAAGGAAUUAGAGGGUAAGGAAACAACGGUCGUCAAGCUCCGUGAAAUCGGAAGAAAGUAUCGUCAGGAAGCGGAAACUUUGCGUCGUCAGUUGUUUGCUAACCAAUCGGACGGUGCACAACUACAGUCACUGAAUGAGGCUUUAACCGAGGCUAAAGCAGAUGUGGUCACUCUGAGGUCGGAUUUGGCCACGGUCCGGUCAGAACGUUCUCAUUUGGCUUCAGUAAUUACUGAGGUGAUGCGCGUACUGAAUACAGCUAAGGCGAACGAGCAUCUUGGACAAAGCUUUGAAACUAUCCACCUACCGACGGCAGAUGGAGAAUACGAUAACGGACAACUGGUUGAGAUAAUACGCUUAAUGUUUGACCAUUUAGCAGCUGAAAUUAGUCAACUGCGUCAACAUGCUGAAAUGCAGCGGGAGCGGUUGUUACGCAUGCAGCUUGUUGAAUCACAACUUACAAAGGCACAACGGGACUGUGCUGAACUUCGCGCACGAUUAUGCGAAAUGCAGUCAGCCCCGACUUCAGUCUCCGUUCCUUCCGCCCAAAACACCCCCACCGUUAUCGUACCUUCCUCAGCCUCACUAAUAGUUAAUGAUCCCGAACCAACUGACCUAUCUCAGACCUCUCAGUCUUUUCCUUUUCAUUUGGCACCCUUCGGCACCCCAGUCAGCUGCCCCGACUCCACCGUUACCGGGGCGUCAGACUCUUUGUUUCCCGUAGCCGGACAAAAUACACAGGCUCCCGCUGCUUCAGUUUCUACCUCAACUUCUCUGGGAGGUCAGUCAGUACCUGCCUGGAUUUUGCGCGCAUCAGCCACCGUACAGCCUGUACAACCUACCCCCGCUGUAACACCGCCAAACUCAGUAGUGGGGCCGAAACAGACCGCUGAAAUCAGGCCAAUCACAAGCAACGUGGCCACUGUGACACCCACACCAGCCAUACAAAUUGUUCAAACAACUUCCGUUGCUGCCCCACCCGAGCCACUGUUAAUCCCUUCUGUCCCUCUGGUUACGGCAGCUGUCGUUACCGCCUCGGAUGUGGCUCCACUUUCUUCUACAACUGGACUUGUCAGUCCACUUGCCAACGACCAGCUGACCGUACGUCCGGACCAACCUGCCACUGCAGUCGUUCGUGCCGCGCAGUCUCGUCGCACCAACCUGGUUGGACCGGCGCCACCUUUGGGUGAUCAGUCCGCAAUAGCUAGCUCAUCAUUUAGUGGAUUCUCUUGGGCAACCAGCACAACUCACGCCCCUGUAUCAUCUCCUUCAUUGGCCAGCGUAACUGGAAAGAGGCGCCAUGAGGAUGCUUCUGCAGUAAGCGAUAGCUUUAUGGUUUCAUCCAGCGAAGAAACAGUGACUUCUAACACACAGACUGACCCCAAUCGCCUUACAGAGCCCGUUUCUUUUACGCCGUACGCCAGUGUUCCUGCAAUAUUUUCCGAGGCCAAACGCCUCCGACCAAUGGCCGUCUUGGCUUCAACAUCUCACCACUUACCACCAGCUGAACCCAGUGCUGUUGUGUUGGAGCGAUCCGCCUUUGGCUACCCCACUUCACUUCAGCCCUUAGCACAUGCCACAGCUUCACGCUUGGUUGCUGGGCAAGAAGGUUUGGCAGAUACAUGGAGCACCUCCGCUCCAUCUGCUGUUGCCACUCCUAUCACAGCGCGGACACCAUCCCCCGAUCAGAGUUCAGUAACUGUUUUGUCAUUACCGGCGGUGGCUGCAUCACCUGAUCUCAGAACCGUGGAUGAAGAUCAAGGGUUGAUGUCGGGUGAUUUCUACGGAACCGAUGUUGCGUUGCUCAGUGAUGCGCAGGUUAAUGAGAAACAUGAAUCUGAAAUCACUCAAGAACAAGAGGUGGUGGCUUUGCCCGGUUCAGGCUCGUUUCGUUCAGAGAUCAGAGAGCAGGAUACUACGGCAGGGAUAGAAAUUACUGAGUCCGAAGGAACCACUUCUGUGGACACUAGUCAUGCUCCGACCCUGCAGGUUUCUCAAGAGGAAUUCGAGCGGGUUCGUCCUGUGGAGGACAGUACAGAUCUCACGUCGGAUUCUCAGUGUUUAGCUGAACAUUACUCCCAUGAACAGCAUGAAACGGAAGAGCAGUUUGAUGAGAACGCUGGAGUAGAGCCGGAAGAAGAGGAGAUAGACGAGGAUUUCGAACACGAAAUAGAAAGGCAAUAUGAAGAAUAUGAUGAAGAGCAAAUGAGUGAGGUCGUAUCCGAAGGUGAGGUGGAGGAGGAAGCGGAUGAAGUCGAGGAUGAGGAUCAGGAUGAAGACUAUGGUUACGGACAGGAGGAGCCGGUGGAGACAUCUAUGAUGUCUACUACGGAGAGCAACGUAAUAGAGCUCAGUAAUAACAACGCCUCUCGUGAGGAUGGAAGCGAAGUGGGAGAGGAAGAAGAGGGGGAAGACGAAACUGUCACUUACUCCAGAGUGGACGAACCGGAGCAGUCGGAGGAGGAGGAAAAAGAACAUCCGGAUGUCAGUGAUGUGGAGGACGAUGAGGGAUUAGAUGAACUUGGAGAGAGGCCCGCUAUUUCUGGUGUGGGGGACGACGUUGAGGACGAUGUCGACCGUGUUUCACAAGAGGAAGGGGAAGAGGAGCAUUCACCUGGGCCACAAGGGAAAACUCCCGAAGAAGCAGAGCAUAGCCCACCAACCAUGCACAGAACAUCUGUAAUUACCAUUUCUGUCACCAGCCAAGCACCAGUGGUCACCAAUGUGGCCCCAACUCCAAGCUCUUCAGUUUUAUUUAGUUCAGCAACUUUUGGAGACAAACCUGGAGCAGGGCUGUUUGGAAGCUUUGAUCCGAAAGCACCAAUAACUGGCGGACUAUUCGCUGGUUUUCGGCCGUCCGCCGCGAUUGGCUUAACUACCGGUGAUCAGAUGCCUUCGUCAGGCCCCACCACAUCAUCCACUACAAUGACCCCAGGACUGUUUCGGUCCUCUGUUCUCACUCAAGCAAGUGCAACACCUGUCCUGUCUGGUCUUUUCAAACCGUCCUUAUUUGGCACAUCCACAAUUUCUGCUGAAAAACCAGCGACAAGCGAGGGAGUACAGGCUAAACCGAAAAUCCAGCCGAUUGUAUGGGAUGCCCCAGAAUCACCUUCCACUGUUCAGCCGAGUGUGACUGAAACCUCUGUACCUCGAAUUGGUGCGGCUCGUCGCAAGAAAUGGGGAGGACCGUCUCAUGUACGUCCUGGAUCCUAUCUCGGUGCAUCCGGAGGCACUGGCGCAUCUAAACCUGAUCCAUUUGGACCUUCUCGUGGAGGUUCUUCGGGUACAUGUGGAACGCGUCCUGGUCCUCGGCGUGGUUGAAUUUUCGCGUUGGGAUUCUAACCCUGAGCAUUUUGUUCGCAUUUGUCACACUUUUUCAUAUGUAUAGAUGCUUGCGAUAUGAAGAUAAUCUAUUGCUGCUGUUUUUUGCUAACAUGUCAAUGUCGCUUAUACCGGGGUUGGUAUACUCAAUUCAUUCCACAUUCCGAACCAACAGAUCCACUUGCCUCCAUCCGUAACAAAUUCGCGACGCACCUCCCAUUAGUGCGCCUUCCUGAGACGAAAUACCAUUGGGCAGCUUGCUUAGACAGUCUAUCUACGGAGCAUGCAAACAGUGCCUAUUUCCCUUGUGACAAGUUAAAUUUGCGAGCACUCUAUAGCGGCCAAAAACCGUUAUUUAUUUUUGGUCUAUCCUGUCUAUGGUGAUUAUUACAGGCACUUAAAAUUCAUUUUGAAAAAUUACAAUUCCUCUGGUAUCGGAUAUUGAGCGCAGUAGGUUCAUGUGGUUAUCAAGAGAUGCUUACCUAAUCGUAUCACCGCAUUUUCAAUCCACGGAGCAAACCCUAACCGACGAAUUCUUGAUAUUUCACUGAGGUCAAGUAGACUGGCUUCCGGCUGGAUGACCACAUAUAGCUCACGACAAACUAGGGGCUUUCAUGGUUCCCAACCACUGGACGGAAUAACGUGUACCACGCUGAAGUUCGUCGAAUGGUAUUCGGGAA